AAUAUGUAUCGGUGCUUUGUAUCUAAAUCCGUAUAAUCUCUAAAUGUAACCUUUCUGUGAAACAACGAUGCAUCAAAUGCGCUGACAAAUAGAUUAAACAUUAAAAUCUUCGUUAUAUGUAUAAUCUUGCAAAAUCGAAACGACCUGAACACACCUUAGUAUUUAUCUUUUGCACAACGUGGUGUGACGUAGUGGUAGUGAACAGUCUUCUUUCGCGAGAGAUGAAACAUGGGCGUAGUAUCGACUGUAUAUUUUCAAUGACGACAUGAGGCUGCAGUAAACGUCUGACCGCAUCCUGUCAGUUUAUAACGGAGCUUGCUCUUUAUUUAACAGUGCUGGAAGGCAGCUUUUAAGAAAUUUGGGCAGCUUGUGUUAUGAAGUGAUAGUUUUCUUUUUAUAAUAUUUAAUUAUUUGACUUCUUAUCAUUAUUCGUUGAUCUUUCUGAGCAUUCAGGAUGAGUGGCUAUAAUUAUUAUGGUGGAGAAAAUUAUCCUUCAGGAUACAAUGAGUAUAAUAAUAGUUAUCAGCAAUCCGGUGAUACCGGUUUGGAUGUUUUUGUUAAAAAAGUUGUUGAAGUCAAGCGGAUUUUACCUUCGCUUUUUAACAUCAAAGUGUUAGGAGAAAAAGGUUCAGGAAUUAGACCUUGUGGGGCAAUACAAGAUUUUAAUCAACUACGUCAAGAAUGUUUAUCUAUGGGAAGACUCUUCGAGGAUCCUGAAUUUCCUGCUGAGGAUUCGUCUCUAUAUUUCUCCAGGAGACCAGACCGAUAUAUAGAAUGGAGAAGGCCAAUGGAAAUUGCAGACAAUCCGCAAUUCUUCGUAGAAGGUUUUUCGAGAUUCGAUAUUCAGCAAGGAGAAUUAGGAGAUUGCUGGUUGCUGGCUGCGAUAGCUAAUUUGACAAUGCAUCAUAACUUAUUUUUUCAAGUAGUUCCUGAAGAUCAAAGUUUCGAGGAGAAUUAUGCAGGAAUAUUUCACUUCCGAUUCUGGCAAUACGGUAGAUGGGUUGAUGUUGUCAUAGACGAUAGACUACCUACUCAUAAUGGUCGAUUACUGUAUCUAAGUUCAGCAGAACACAAUGAAUUCUGGAGUGCACUCCUGGAGAAGGCUUACGCAAAACUCCAUGGCUCUUACGAGGCCCUUAAGGGUGGCACCACUUGCGAGGCUAUGGAAGAUUUCACAGGCGGUGUUACUGAGAUGUACAGGAUGGAUGAGACACCACCAAAUCUGUUUAGCAUUCUUUUAAAAGCUUACGAGAGAAGCUCUUUAAUGGGCUGCUCCCUGGACCCCGAUCCUAACAUUCUGGAAGCGGAAACCCCUCAAGGUCUUAUAAGAGGACAUGCUUACAGUAUUACCAGAGUGAAAUACGUCGACAUUGCCACACCAAAUCAGGUCGGCAAGAUUCCUUUGUUAAGAUUACGGAAUCCUUGGGGUAACGAAGCUGAAUGGAAUGGACCAUGGAGCGAUCAAUCUCCAGAAUGGCGAUUCAUCCCCGACCACGAAAAGGACGAGUUGGGCUUGAACUUUGAUGUAGACGGUGAAUUCUGGAUGUCUUUUCAAGACUUUAAACAGCAUUUCACCAACCUGGAAAUAUGUAACUUGAAUCCAGACUCCUUGACUGAGGAUGAACUAAAUUCUGGUAAGAAAAAAUGGGAGAUGAGCGUUUUCGAGGGUGAAUGGGUUCGCGGCGUUACAGCUGGUGGUUGCCGAAAUUUUCUGGAGACCUUCUGGCACAAUCCACAAUACCGUAUCACUUUGGAAUACCCUGACGAGGGCGACGAUAAAUGUACGGUUAUCGUUGCGCUUAUGCAGAAAAAUCGAAGAGCCCAAAAAAGAAUGGGUGCAGACUGUCUAACUAUUGGAUUUGCAAUUUAUCAUCUACAAUAUCCAGAUAGACUACCGAAGCCUUUAGACAUUAAUUUUUUCAAGUACAAUAUAUCGGUCGCCAAGUCACCGUCAUUUAUUAACCUCCGCGAGGUUAGCUGCCGUUUUAAAUUACCGCCAGGAGUUUACUGCAUCGUUCCCAGUACCUUCGACCCUAACGAAGAAGGCGAAUUUCUACUUAGAAUCUUCUCCGAAAACAAGAAUAAUAUGGAGGAAAACGACGAAGAAGUUGGCAUUGGAGAGGUCGACGACCGGGUGAUUAACUAUCACGGUGAUCACGACAAGCACGAUGAUAGCGUUAAAGAUCAACCUGAGCCUGAUAAAAAUGAGGAGAAGGUCCGCGACUUCUUCAGGAAACUCGCCGGUGAUGAUUUGGAGGUCGACUGGAUGGAACUCAAAGAAAUUUUGGAUUAUGCUAUGAGAAAAGAAUUACCACCCUCGGUACGACGUAGUGAAGCUAGCUACACAGAAUCUCAACCGGGCGAUGGUUCUAUGAUCGACACUCUCAUCUCACUGCUGUGUGGUAUUGUUUGUAAUAAUGAACAAUACAAUAAAACUGUAGAAAUGCAUAACGAGGGAUUCAGCAAGGAUAUCUGCCGUAGCAUGGUUGCUAUGCUCGAUGUGGAUCAUUCUGGCAAACUGGGAUUCGAAGAGUUUAAAUCGCUAUGGAAUGAUAUUAGGAAUUGGAGGGCUGUCUUCAAAUUGUACGACAGAGAUGGUUCAGGUUUCCUGAAUGCAUUUGAACUUCGACAAGCCUUGAAUAGUGCUGGAUAUCGUUUGAACAAUCACAUUCUUAACAUUUUGGUUCAUCGAUAUGGUACUAAGGAUAGUAUGAUUACCUUCGAUGAUUAUAUUAUGUGCACAGUCAAGCUGAAGACAAUGAUCGAUAUCUUCAGAGAAAGAGAUCCUGACAAAACAAAUACAGCUACUUUCACGAUGGAGGAGUGGAUCGAAAAGACACUGUAUUCGUAAGUAAACCAUUGGAAACUCCUGUAUACUUUAUUAAAAUGCCAAAAGUGUACCUUGAAGAGUAAAAAGUGAAAAUAUUUUUCACAAAGUUACACACGCUGGUUAUACUAUAAUAGAGAGUUGAUUUCGCAAAGUAUUACCACAUAUAAUCUAUUUCUAUGCCACACAAGAAACCUCAAUAAUAGAUUUUCUACAAGAAUAAUCUUACCCAACUUUUGAUAGAUCAAAAGAUACAUAGAUCUGAAAUAAUACUGUAUUUUCAAGCAAAAAAAAAGAAAACUCCUUGCCAAAAACGUUAUGUAUACUUAUUCAUCGUGGAAUAAAAUCUCUAUUAAAGUUUUUAAGAGAUAUACAAUUUAAAAUUUAACUACAUUAUUGUGAAAUCGAAAAAAAAUGAAAAUUGUAUAUUAAAAAUAAGUGAAUACGUCUAUAGUUUACGAAAAUCCGUGAAAGUUAAAUCAAAUAUGUUACUUCGUAAAUUUUACGAAGUUCUUCGCACUCAAUGAGAUUAUUUUUUUCUUCUUAAUUCCCAUCUCUUUCUGUCAAUUCUUUUUGACUGCAUUUAUAUUUGACUUUGUACUUAUGUCUAAUCUACGUCAAAAAUUAACCUCUUACUAUUUAAGUAUUUCUAUUAUUAUCAUUAAUUUCCUAAAAAUCAUAGAUUCGUUAUGACAAUUGGAAAAUAUGAAAAGAAUCCCAAUUAAGUAAAUUCAAUAUCACUGUGCGAAAAUAUUUUUUAUUUCUUAAAAUUAAAUAAUCUCGUAACACUAUAAAAGUUCUAUCAACUAUUUGCGGUCGCUGUCCCCAUAGCGGGGACAUUUUUAAACCGUCGUAGAAGUCCAUACAUUGACUUUAAAUCCUGUACGACAAAGUAACUGCGAAACGCUAGAUUUGCUCCGAUCUGCUGGUACUCCCAAACGCGAAAUCUGCUGAUCGCAAAGGGUUAAGUGUCACAUGUUAUAUAAACUAUUUAGUAAUAUAAUUUUGAAUAUCGCCAUGCGAUGUUUAGUUAAAAAUUUGUAAUUGGGUAAAAGGUAUUUUUCUAAAAA